AUGGCAAAGAUUAAUUGUUUGCUCGAGAUGGAAAUCGGCAUUACUGGCGGUGAGGAAGAUGGAGUGAACAAUGAGGGCGUUGAUAACGCAGCCCUCUAUACCCAGCCCGAAGAUAUUCUCGACAUCUACAAGAGAUUCUCAGAGUAUACCGAUUUGUUCAGCAUUGCUGCUGCCUUUGGUAACGUCCACGGUGUAUACCAAGCCGGCAACGUGAAGCUGCACCCGGAACUUCUCGGCAAGCACCAGGCUCAUGUGAAGAAGGAGUUGAAACUCGAGAGCGACAGACCCGUUUUCUUCGUCUUCCAUGGCGGUUCCGGAUCCACCAAGCAGGAGAUCGCUACGGCUCUCUCUCACGGUGUUGUGAAGAUGAACAUUGACACUGACACUCAGUGGGCGUACUGCAGUGGUUUCCGUGACUACUUCAACGCGAAGGCCGAUUAUGUCAGGAACCAAGUUGGCAAUCCUGAAGGUGCCGACAAGCCCAAUAAGAAGUACUACGAUCCCAGAGUCUUCGUCCGUGAGGGUGAGAAGACUAUGACCAAGCGCGUUAUUGAGGCUUGCAAGGACCUUAAGAACGAGAAUACCUAUUAA